AUGUCAUCUGACACAGUGAUAACAACAGGGGAAGUAAACACAACAAUAUCAUCCGAUUCCUCGACAGAAAAUGACAAUUUAACUACAUCUUCUGUGACAUCAUCUGAGGUGACUACUAUUACAUCAUCCGCAUCACCUGAUUCAACUACGAAUCCGUCAUCUGUUUCACAUCAAGCAAGUAGUACAACAAUAGUCUCAGAAACAUCAGAAACAUCGGGGACAUCGUCGUCUUCAACAGAAGGAGCAUCAACCUCAGAUGAUGCAUCAACAACAGUCACUGAAUCGUCAGGGACAUCUUCUUCGUCCGCUCCUCCACCAAAUAAUACUGCAUCAACUACUAGUAUGUUACCUACAACAGAAAGGAUGACAACAAACAUGACAACAGAAGGACUAACAACGGAAGAGGCAACAACAGAGGUAACAACACUCGAAAGAACCACAACUGAGGAACCAACCUCAACAUCAUCAACUGUAUUGCGGCAAACAAUAACAACUCAAACAACAUCAUAUCAAACAACACCAGUGUAUGAUAUUAAAGAUGAAAUAAUUUUGCCUACAGGUAAUGCUGUAAUACCAGUGUCAAUCAAUGUGACAUUCAAAGAUUGUUUGAAAGAAAAUAUUGCCCUUGUAGAUCUGAUUCUCGAGCUUCUGAAACUUGAUACCUGUAAAUCAGUAACAACUGAAUCAGCUGACAGUUGUGGCAAUGACACCAGUUAUACCAUAAUAUUUCGGGUGGAUGUGCUGGCUUCCAGUCUACUUGAAGAAGAUACUAAAAACAAAACAAUAGAGAACAUCACAACUACAAUUACAAACAUUACUGUAUCUGAAAUUACAGUACAAGAAUAUGACGCAGACAGGGAGACCUGA